AUGGGGGGUCAAAUAUCAAGACCAGAAAAAAAAGGUGUGGUAAUGCCACAGCAUGCACCUUUGAAAGUUGCUCGGAAAUUUCAACGUGGUCAAGAAGCUGCUGCUAACAAGUUACCUACGGGUUAUGUGAUGGAUGAUUUCUUAAUUCCACGAAAACAUUGUUAUUUAAAAUUAUUGCGACUGAAUCGCGUGAAAGAUUACUUAUUAAUGGAGAAAGAAUUUAUUCAAAGACAAAGUAAAAGUGGCUCAAUCGGAGAGCAACAGAAAAAAGAGCGUAAAAUUGUUAAUGCACUGCGUGGUUCACCAAUUGCUUUGGCUCGAAUUCAUGAACUUUUUCUCGACGAAAAGCAUGCUGUGGUAGUUAUUGAGGGUAAUAAACGAGAAUGGUAUAUUCCUAUAUUGUCAAUCGUUGAUAAAGAUCUAAUUCGGAUUGGUGCGUUGGUAAUGGUAAAAGCUCAAGGAUCAUUAAAAAAUGUUCCAGUUGCGGUUGUUGGAGUUCUUCAUGAUAGCGUUGAUACUUCAAGUUCAAUCAUCACCAAACUUGAAAAACCACCUAAGGAAUCAUUUGAUGAUAUUGGUGGGUUAGAAGAACAAAUACAAGAAAUCAAAGAAACUGUUGAACUACCCUUAAUACAUCCUGAAUACUAUGAAGAUAUGGGUAUUACAGCACCAAAAGGUGUAAUUUUGUUUGGAGAACCUGGUACAGGAAAAACUUUGCUAGCUAAAGCAGUAGCACAUAGUACGUCGGCAACUUUUAUCCGCGCAACAGGAGCUGAUUUAAUCCAAAAAAAUAGUGGGGAAGGCUCGAAACUUGUUCGAGAAUUGUUUCGAUUAGCCAAAGAUUCAGCUCCUAGCAUUAUAUUCAUUGAUGAAAUUGAUGCAGUUGGUACGAAACGAUACGACACAACUUGUGGUGGUGAACGUGAAGUUCAACGAACAAUGCUUGAAUUGCUCAAUCAACUCGAUGGAUUCGAAAGUCGUGGCGAUGUGAAAGUUAUAAUGGCUACUAAUCGAAUUGAUGUAUUAGAUCCAGCACUUAUUCGACCUGGUCGCAUUGACAGGAAAAUUGAAUUACCAAAACCAGAUGAAAAAACAAAACUGAAAAUUUUCCAAAUUCAUACAGCUGGAAUGAAAAUUGCGAAUGACGUAAAAUUUGAAAAAUAUGCUUCAGAGUUAUCAUUUUCUGGAGCAGAUUGUAAGGUAUGUGAAACUUUUUUACCAACAGCACUUUUAUAUGAGUACCAUUUUACUCCAAUACUGAUAUAUAUAUAUAUA